ACUUUGUCCACGUCUAUGGUAGCCCCUCAAACACACAAUGCACAAAGACUUCCCCUUUAGUCCUCUUUUCAUACUCUAAUUAUAUUAAGUUAUAUAGUAUAUUAUUAGGGUGAAGAUUUUUUAACGCUAUAGGGUUACUUUUAUUUAUUACACAAAUAACGUAACUUUGUCUUAUUUCAAGAGUACUCUUUUCAAUAUCUGUCCAUUUAGAGGUGAUGCAAAAUAUAAACUUUAUGCAUAUAAUCUUUAAAAAUUCUUAAUAUUGAACUUAUUAUAAGGUUAUGUACUCAUAUCUAUUAUUUGCUAUAAUUUUUAUAAAUUUAUACUUUCAACUGAAAAUACGAGUACUCAGCAUCCGUCUUUGUUUAUGUUAAUUUUAUUGAUCUCAGUGUAAUAGGAAAAUUAUAGGAUCUAGACCAAGAUAUCUAUUCUGUCGUGUGAUACAUCGAUCCGGAGAACUUACUUUCAGCUUAAGUCAUUAAUUCGUUCUGCUCCUAUCUAAAGUAAUGUUAGGCUGUUUCACAGAAAAUAAAUAAAGAUCAACUAAUAAUUCCAUAUUAGAAAAGUAGAAGAAAAAAAAAAUCUAAAAUAACAUCUAAAAUCAAAUACUAAACAUACCCCCCACCAAUUUCUCUCUCUUCUUUUCAUGCUAUUAUAGUAGUCGUCCUAUAUAUAGCUCCAUGGUCCAUAUCCCAUACCCCUUUAACUCUAAUCACAUACUAUAAUACUUCUUGAGUUCACCAUUUUCUCACGUAAAUCUCCACACCAAGCAACACAACCCCCCCCCCCCCCCCCCCCCACCCCAAACACACCCCACACCACCAAAUUUCCAUACAAAAUACAUUGAAAGACUAGUUCCCCUUACUCCAAAGAACAAGAAGAACCAAAAAAAUGAAGCUUUAUAUAAAAAAACUUUCUCUUCAUGUUCUUCUUGUUUACAAUAUGAUAAUUAUAUUCUUGAUCUUCACACACCAAUCAAAUGCUUCUAUACAAUCUUUUGUAUAUGGUGGAUGUUCACAACAAAAAUAUAAUCCUAGCACAAUUUACGAAUCAAACGUUAACUCAGUACUCACUUCCCUAGUCAACUCAGCAGGUUACGCAAAUUACAACAGUUUCAAAAUUUCCAUGCCAGGUUCGGGCGCAAACGAUGUAGUCUACGGGCUUUUUCAAUGCCGUGGCGACUUAGGAAGUUCCGACUGUCGUAAAUGCGUCGCCGCGGCAGUGAGUCAGCUUGGUACGCUCUGCCCCGUCUCAUGUGGCGGCGCAUUGCAAUUAGACGGUUGUUUCGUAAAGUACGAUAAUGUGUCUUUUCUUGGAGUUGAAGACAAAGGAGUUGUCAUGCAUAAAUGUGGACCGUACGUUAUGGAUGAUUCGAGUAUGUUAACACGAAACGAUGGCGUUUUGACUUAUUUAUCGGGUAUGGGUCAGUAUUUUCGGGUUGCUGGGUCAGGGAAAAUACAAGGUGUAGCACAGUGUACCCAAGAUAUGAGUACGAGUGAGUGUGAUGAUUGUUUAUCGGAGGCGAUCAAACGGUUGAAAAGCGAGUGUGGGUCCUCACCUUGGGGAGAUAUGUUUUUGUCGAAAUGCUACGCGCGGUUCUCUGAGCGUGGAUUCACCUCUAAAAGCGGAGAUGAAGAUGUUGAAAAGACACUUGCAAUUACAAUUGGGCUCAUAGCUGGUGUGGCAGUCCUCAUUGUUUUCCUUUCUGUUCUAAGUAAGCUUUGUGAAAGGAAAGGUGGUAAAUAAAUGAGACAUGCACAUCUUGGUCCUUUGUGAAUAACUUUCUUCUCCAUAGCUUGUUACUUUGGUAAAUUGCUUUUUGUUGGUGCUCCUUAGCUAUUGUAAAUUAGUUUCCACUUUGUUUUCAAGUUUCUCUUCCUAGUUAUAUAUUCAAAACAAGACUCAAAAGUUAGCCAAAAAGGUGCUUGGAAGGAGGAAAAAGGAGCUUAUUAGCAAAGAUAAAAUCAAAAAGGAAGAUAUCUUCUUGUUGCAAUAAUAGUAGCUAGUGCAAUGUCCUCUAAUAUUUUUUUUGUAUAAGUGCUCACUUUCUACUAAAGAUGAGUGUGAAGUUGGUGACCUUUUUGUUGUGAAAUAUGCAAUUUGCUGCACUCUCCUUUUCAUGUAAGCAACAUUUUAUAUUCAAUUAUAGACGUUUUUGUAUAGUUCAUUAA